UCCCCGCCCCCACCCCACCCCCGCCGGCCCGGAGCCCAGCCAGCUACAGGCUGCCACUGAGCAUGCAAGCCCUCCAGUACGGAGCAAUCUUGGCCUCCAUGGUCUCCACCGCCUUCCUGGUCGUAGCGACGUGGACGGACUGCUGGAUGGUCAACGCAGACGACAGUCUAGAGGUGAGCAGCCGGUGCCGGGGGCUGUGGUGGGAGUGUGUGACCAGCACCUUCGACGGGAUUCGUACCUGCGACGACUACGACUCCAUCCUGGCCGAGCAUCCCCUGAAGCUGGUGCUGACCCGGGCCCUGAUGAUCGUGGCAGAUAUCCUGACGGGCUUUGCCUUCAUCUUGCUGACCCUGGGGCUGGACUGUGUCCGUCUACUCCCGGACCACCCCCCCACCAAGGCCAGGGUCAGCCUGGUGGCCGCAGCCGUGCAGAUGGCCGCAGGGGUGCCGGGCACGGUGGGCUCGGGGGGGUACGCGGGGGAUGUAUACGUGGAGAGGACCACGCUGGUGAUACAGAACGUCUUCCUGGGCGUGCAGUACAAGUGGGGGUGGUCGUGCUGGCUGGCCAUGGCCGGCGGCCUGGGCUCUCUGCUUGCGGGCACUGCUCUCUGCUGCUGCCUCUGCUCCCACACAGGCCAGGGCUACAGCCGUGCCCUGUACCAGGCGGGCAGGAGUGCCACCGGGAAGAUGUACGCCUUGAAUACGCGUGUGUAGACAUCCCGAUGUUCCCCAGGACCGCUCGAGUCUGCACCUCUCGCUGAGCGGGAGAGUCACACACCCGGGCCAGCAGCGCACUGACGCAAUUCAGCCCAUCGGCCCGACCGCGGUGUCAGCAGAAGGUUCCACUGGAUUAAAGAGAAACAAAUGUGAA